CCCGCCUCCGCCAUGACCGGCUCCUGCUGCGGCUCCGCCUGCUCCGCCCCGAGCUGCUGCCAGCCCUGCUGCCAGCCCUGCUGCUGCCGCGACCCCUGCUGCUGCCGCCCCGUGUCCUGCCAGACCACCGUGUGCCGCCCCGUGACCUGCGUGCCCCACUGCACGCGCCCCAUCUGCGAGCCCUGCCGCCGCCCCGUGUGCUGCGACCCUUGCGGCCUGCAGGAGGGCUGCUGCCGCCCCAUCGCCUGCUGCCCCACGUCCUGCACGGCCGUGGUGUGCCGGCCCUGCUGCUGGGCGUCCACCUGCUGCCAGCCCAUCCUGGUGCAGGCGCCCUGCUGCCGCCCGCCCUGCUGCCAGCCUGCGCCCUGCCGCACCACCUGCAGGACGUCGCCCUGCUGCUCCUGCUGAAACCCGACAGCCCAGGCCGGAGCGCCGAGCCUGAGCGCUCAGACUCAGAGAAAAACAUGUUUUUAGACAAUGACUCUAAUCAUAUGUAGCUCCUACCUUCU